UAUUUUUUUUAACAAUUUAUGUUUCAAACAGCUGCUGUUGGAAGUCCUCCUUCUCCAACCCCGGACAUCGCUCGCUAUCAGCAGAAUUACAGUCUCUCCGUUUCCAAUGAGAAAAGCAGAGUACUUCAGCAAGGACUUCGAGUGGGAAGACCUCCGAGCUCAGGUGGAAAACGACCCGUCGUUCAGCUACCACUUGCUGCCUUUCGAACCCACCUCCUUCUCACUGAAUUCUGUCGCAACAGAUCAAUCCCAUUCCUCCGCCGCCGACGGCUCUCACGCGUGGAACAGAUUUCACCACCGUCAUUCCUCCGGCAAAUUCUUCAAGGAAAGGAGAUAUUUGUUAGAAGAAUUCCCUGAACUCGUUAAUUGGAAAAAGAAUUCUAAGGUUUUGGAGGUGGGGUGCGGUAAUGGCAGCACCAUUCUUCCAAUAUUACGUGGCAAUGAGAACAUCAUUGUUUAUGCUUGUGAUUGUAGCACUGAGGCCCUUGACAGGGUUAAGGAGACUAUAGAUGCCUCUAACAUUGCAGCUGUUGAACAUCGUUUCCAUCCAUUUUGUCAUGAUUUUUCUGUAACUGCGUUUCCAACAUGGUUGGCCUGCAAUCCUUGUCGAGAAAACUUCACACAAACAUCGCAGCAGCACUUGACAGAUGGUAGAGGCAAAAGUGAAACGGAUCCAAAUUAUAAAUAUGCAUCGAAAGAAAGUAAAUGUUGUGUUGGUGGGGUUGAUUUUGUUACCUUGAUAUUCACACUGUCAGCAUUACCACUCAAAAGGAUGCCAGCGUCCAUCAUGGAGUGUUUUUCUCUUUUAAAACCCGGAGGCCUGCUGUUCUUUAGGGAUUAUGGCCUCUAUGACAUGACCAUGCUUCGAUUUGAGGAGGACAAAAGAGUGCAAUUCAGGGAGUAUAUGCGAUCAGAUGGAACCCGUUCUUAUUUCUUCUGUCUAGAUACUGUGAGGGAUCUAUUUGUGCGUGCCGGCUUCAAACAGCUUGAGCUCGAAUACUGCUGUGUUAAGUCAGUGAAUCGUCGGAAGGGUAAGAGCAUGCGAAGGGUGUGGGUUCAUGGAAAGUUCCAGAAGCCGGUAUGAAAUCAUUUGACGCAGUCACUCUGGUUUUAAUGUCGCACUUUGAAGGGAUAGUUUUGCUUUCUCUGUAAUGUAGCUUCUUGGGAAGAAGAUACUAGUUAUCUGUAAACGAGACCGAGAAGCCGAGUUGAGUUUUAUUUUUUCUACAAGUAAUAGUGAGGGUAAAUUUUGUUACUUUUUUCUACAAGUAAUGUAGCUUCUUGGGAAGAAGAUACUAGUUAUCUGUAAACGAGACCGAGAAGCUUUUUUCUGUCGUUAAGGUGGAGAACUGAGCGAAGGAUUCUCUUUCUUUAUCAUCAAUUGAAUCACU